AGGCCCUUUCACGCUUCCUCACGCCGUUGCCGCGAUGAUAUUGAUGACAAGAAUCAUUAUGAGACCCUGCAGGUACAGACAGACGCCUCGCCGCAGGAUAUAAAAAAAUCCUUCUACACCCUCUCUAAGAAACAUCAUCCAGACCAUAACCGCUCCGAUCCCCACGCCAGCCGUCGCUUCAUGCGCAUCAGCGAGGCCCACAGUGUCCUCUCGCACCCAGACAAGCGUGCCCACUACGACCGCGACGUCCUUCGCCUGCACUCCCACGGCCACCAUCACCACGGCCACAAAGGCCCCGCUCGAGGAGGCGCCAGCUACGCCUCUACAGGCCCCGUCGGCUCUCGUCCAGCCUCUGGCCUUUCCCGCCGCCGUGGCACCUUUCGUGGGCCCCCGCCGAGCUUCUACAGGUCAGGCGGCUGGGGCGCACACGGCGCCAAGAGGGGCCAGGCGCAUGAGGAGUCUACCAGCGGUGCGGGGAGGACGGCCAACGAGAGCAAUAGGGAGGCCGACCCGGGCGGCUACACAGGCAGCUAUGGCACCGGUGGGAUGGGUCCCGGCCAGGAACCGUUUGGAAGAGGAGGGAGCGCUGCGGGCGAUGGGGAUAUCCCGCACUUCGACAGGGCCGCCAAGGAGGCGCACACGCGCACGCAGGCUCGGGUGGACGAAAUCAGGGCCAAGAAGAUGGCGAGGGAGUUUCGGUUUACAGGUUACCAGGACUAUACCGAGUUUGGGAGCUUCUUUGCCAUCCUGGCGGUGCUGGGGGCCGCG